CAUCUCAACAGUUUUUACUUCAGUCCACAAACUCGACAUCCCAGCAUCAAAGUGAGUUGUAGUGAUUUUUUUUUUCUUAUUUAUGCUCUGUUAUGGCGCAAAUUUUUGUUGUAAAAGAUAGGUCUCUCUUGUCACUCAACGUUCACACGACACUGCAAGGAAUCAGUAUUCAAGAUAGUUUUUUUUUUAAAUUCUUUAUGCAGAAAGGGAGAUAGUUAAUAAAAUUUGCUUAAUCAAAUUUAUGUGAAUAUUUUCAAAUAUUUUUUAUUUAAAAUUAAGCCGCAUUGUUUGUUGGCAUAAAUUGAUAAUUAUUUAAUUUUAAAGUUGGUGAAAAUAAAUUUCUGAAAUUUAAAAAAAAAAAAUUGUUAUAGAUUGGUGACCGGUUUAAGUGCGUACAUGAUUUUAGUGUAUUUUUUUGUAAUUUUGAACAUAGGCCUAACUUUUAGAUAAGCGUGGGGCCGAUUUUUUGGGGGGGGUUGGGGUGGGGGGUGAAAUCUGUAUUACUUUCCUCAUUCAAAAACAAUUUUUAAAAAUUGUUUUUUUUUCAUUUGUUAAAGGGCCCCAGAGCCUUUUUAGUUCUUUUAAAGCAAAUAUUUCAUUAAAAAUAUAGUGUACCUAAAAUAAUGUUUAAACACAAAAUCUCCUUUAAAUAUCAAAUUGUGUUUGAACUUCAAAAUUUCAUUUUGAAUAUAACAAAACUUUUGAUAUAUACAAAAACAACUAAAUAAUUAAUUUAAAUAAUUUUUAAACAGGUUUUAGUGAGGGGAGAGAAAAGUGUUAAUUAGCGGGAUGGGAUUUGGGGGGGGGGGGGUUAACAACAGUUUAAUAAAAUUUCAUUUUGAAUAUAACAAAACUUUUGAUAUAUACAAAAACAACUAAAUAAUUAAUUUAAAUAAUUUUUAAACAGGUUUUAGUAAGGGGAGAGAAAAGUGUUAAUUAGCGGGAUGGGAUUUGGGGGGGGGGGGUUCACAACAGUUUAAUGUUGUCUGAGAGAGCCAUGGACACCACAUAUUUUGAAAAGUAAUUCUGUGAGAGCCAUAUAUUAUGUUUAAAACUAACUAAAAAUUCAAGUAAAUGUGUGCAUUUUGUGUAAUUUCAACACUAAAAUUGCAAUAAUUAUGUCUCUGAAUUCUUUUUAAUAACAUUGUUAUGCUGUUGCUAAUCAAUAAUGAGUAUUUCUUACCAUUAAAGUGACUUUUUUUUUUAAUUCGAACAUUUGUCUGCGAGCCAGAUGCACCCAUCAAUAAGGCCAUAGGUUCCCGACCCCUGCUCUAAACCAUUGUUUCACAAAGUGUGGUACACGUACCCCUAGGGCAGUGAUCGGUGAACCCAUUAGUCAAAAGAGCCAAACAUCAGAAGCAGCAUGAUUUUAAAAAAAUUCCGAGAGCCAAAUUUCUUUCAAGAACCUGUCUAGAACCAUGUUCUUUGGAGUCAAAAGCGAUUGGUGGCCGACUGGCCAAGCCGCACCCAGGCUGCUAAAGAGCCACAGGCGGCUCGCGAGCCGCAAGUUGCCGACCACUGCCCUAAGGGGAUGGUUUGGUGGGGGUACACGCUGCAAAGGAAAAAAAAAUUUGUUAUUAAAGUAUAUUUAAUUUUAUUUUUUUAAAGAAGGGUACACGGUGUUACGAAAAUUAUAAACAGGGGGUACACAGUUGUCGAAAGUUUAGGAAACGCUUCUUUAAAACAAGACGAUCAGCUCCCAAUAGGACGACCAAGGGUCAUCUCUGGUGUUUUGUUAAAGAAAUUUCUCUUUUCAGAAAAUGUUCACCUCAGUCUUUGCAGUACUUCUCCUUGCCGCCGCCACCAUGGCUACCGGAUACGGUGGUUACGGAUAUGGCGGAGGCAUCGGUGGAUACGGUGGAUACGGGGGUGGAUUCGGCGGUGGACUCGGUGGAUUCGGUCUUGGAGGCGGCAUUGGAGGUCUAGGUCUUGGAGGCAUCGGAGGCAUCGGAGGCUUGGGUCUUGGAGGAGGCUUCGGCGGUCUCGGUGGCUACGGAGGCGGUUACGGAGGUGGCUACGGAGGCGGUUAUGGUGGAUACGGAAAGGCUGUACUUCUCCCUAUUGGUGGUUACGGUAAGCCAGAUAAAAUAAUAAUUGACAACUUUUCAGACUUCUUCAUUUUUAAAUCAUUAACCUGCAUUCACAGUUAAGUUAAGGCUUGCUAAUAAACAUUUUAGAGGUAAAUAUGAUAAACUAAAAAUACGGCUAAAUAUGAUAGACAGCAAUAGGUCGUCAACAAGAAAAAAACUAUAUCAAUUUAUUUUACUUUCCAAUCAUAGAUUGUUAAGCUUUUUAAAAUAAUUAAUUCAAGCGAAAGAUCAUUUUUUCCAAAUGGGCAAAUAAAAAUAAUAUAUAAGCUUCAAAAGUAGCCAUGGAAAUUCAGGUGCCAUGCUGUAGUGUUAAGUUGCCUUGCGAGCAUCAUGUAAAUUGUCUAACGUUGAGCAACGGUGUCUCUUAUAAAAUCUACACAACCAGAGUAUUUGUAAAUCGCAAUGCACUGCGUCAUUGAAUCCGACCACAGUAGAAUCUUUGAACGUCCUAUUAAAGGCAAUAUCUAAAGAAGUUUGUAAAAAAAAUUUUUUUUUAAAAUUCCAACAUAUAUAAUGUAUUUUUGUUUAGUGGACCAAUGUACUUAUAAAAGUAUAUGCUUGAAUCAGACAGUUUACAACAUCAAUAGUCUCUCUGUUCUUCAAAUAGCUCUUCUUUAUCAUAAUACAGAAAUAACUCGCCAUACAAUGGCGGAAGCGAAUGUGUAAAACUUCCCAUCUACUAAUGUUAUUUUACGAAACGUGCAUUAAAUAAACACACUUUAUAAGAAUCCCAAUUAGUGCUAGCCUCUGAAAAUUUUUAUUUUUUUGCGUGCCUAUUGAACACAACGUUUCAGCUAUAUUUACUUAUCUAUAGAAUUAUUCUUUGUACUAAUGUGAUUAAGGAGGUGAAGGUUGUAUAAAAAAACUACAUUCUUAAAGAUUUUGUUCUAUUUUUCAUUCCUAAAGGCAAAGGUUACAACAACUACUAUUAAAGUUCUGACCAUCAUCAUAUCCCUGCUUCCGACGGCUAACAAGAUCUAAGGCAGUGGACUCCAUUUGUUAUGUUGCGUUCAAACAAGUAAAGAAAUAAAAUUCUUCUGAAGAU